GGUUUGGUUUUACUUUACUGACUGACGACAAUAUCAAGACACAACACAAGAGCCAAUAAUUGUUAUCUUUAUCUAUUUUGGUUGUUUUUGCAAGUUUUAAAAUAAAAUAUAAACCUCAAUCGUAAUCGCGAAAGGUUAGUUUUAGUUGACUUAAGUUCUCACAACGUGCCUAAAUAACGUAUGUGAUUAGAGUAAGUUACUGUGUUUUAAAAUAAUGACAUGAUAUAAACAUUUCAGGCCUAUGUACAGCCAUUGACUAUUAAUUGAUGGGUAAGUUGAGAGUCACAAAAACAAAAAAAGAAUCGUUACAACCUGGAAUAAAAGUAAAAAAAGAAAAUUCGAUGAAGAAAAAUGGCUGCAGAGACCAUCAUAAACGCUUAUCAAUGCUUCGUCGCCGCGUCUCAGCCCUUCUGGAUGAAAAGGAAUCUUUGGAGGCUAAAAAUCAAGAAAUCAUUGAGAACUUUACCAACGAAAAAAAGCUAAACGCCGAACUGAAGAAAGAUGUAUUCUAUUGGCAACGGAUGUAUCAUGAAGCAGUUUUGUCCCACAAUGCAUUUAAGGUAAAGCAGACAGACAUGAUAUCAGUGUGCCUGAAAGAUAUCAAGAGUGCAUUUCCCCACUUGGUUGGCCUAUCUGACCAGCUUUGUCGAAACCAGAUUCGACUGACCACCAUGAUAAAUUCCUUCAAUGCUGAAAAUGAAAAUAAUCCUCCUCGUGCUUUUGGAGAUGACCGUCAGAGAAACAGUGACCAUUCCAAGAAAAGUGAAAAACAGAUGAAGCAGCAAAAGGUGGGCCCGAUGGUCAAGGGAAUUCUCAUCCAGAAGCCAAUGAUCCGACUGGAGCGAGUGAUGCUACAACAGCCUCAAGAACCUGCCAACAACGAUCUUGCCUCGGACAGGGGGAACGCUCUCACUCCAAUUGUAGAGGAGAAUGAACAAGACACGGACUUACGCUUAGAGCAGAUUUCUAUGAGAAGGAAAAAACGCCGACUUGGGACAGGAGAGAGAUGGCGAAUGAGGAAACAGCAAGAACAACUGGAAAAUGAGCGAGAAAAGGAGCGAGAGCGGGAGGCAGGGAACCAACGCCACCCUGUGUCAGAAUCGAGUGAUUCAGAAGAUCAAGUCCCCCUCCCCGUCAUACGACUGAAACAAAUCAGCGGAUUGUUGCUGAGUCCCAAACUGCUAGAGGUGAACAGAUCGAGACCCAGUGAAGGGAAAAAAGGAGGUGGGCGGCCAUCAGAUCGUGACAGUCGUAGACCAAGGAGCGAAGACUCUGACGGUUAUAUACCAAGGACAAGCGAAGGCCCUGAUCGUCAUAGACCGAGGUCGACCGAUGAUCCACAGGAAGGGUGUAGCUGGAUGCACAGCACUCCUCACUCCGGCCAAAAACAACAAAAGAGGAAACCCGAGACAUCAAGUUCGUCAGAGUCGUCAAACGAAGAAAGCGAAGUUGAAGAAAAACAGCGUAGCAGCCUGGCUGAUUCUUUAUACAAAAAGAGUUUUGGCAAGAAAAACAAAUCUAGCGGAUCUUCAACAGCGAACUCAAGUCUCGAUGUGUCAAAUACCUCUAAGGCCGAAGCGGACUCUACGAACAAUGUUGAUGUAGUGUAUGUCAGGGAAUCAGCUGUCGAUGAUUCUCUCGGUGUAAGCAGAAAUUCAGCUUUAUCCAGUAGGAAUUCAUCCAGGACCACUCCUGUAGCUUCCGCUGAGCCCUCAAGGUCAACUCUAGGCCAAAGACAGUCCAGCAGCUUUUGUAACAAUUGCACUCCAAUCACGACUCCGGAUGUAUCAGGGAAACGGAUCAGAAAACCCAAAAUACAUCUCUAUCCGGGUGAAGAAGCCUCGUCCGAUGUCGUUCCCAAAUCCAAGAAAGGAAAAGUUUCCGGAACAAGUAGCAAAGCUGUGAAAAGUCGACCCUCUACUGGUAGUAAGAAGAAAAGUUCCAUUAAGAAGAAUUCAGUCGAAUCAUCUAGAACUUCAGUAACUAUGCGUCUAUCACAGGACACAGGUGAAACCGAAGGAAGGAAUUCACGAAGAAUGAAAACCCCGAUAUCAUACAAGGAACCUCCAGCAAAUAAGAAAAUGAGAAGACCUUAACGAGACUGACUUUAAAAGUAGUGAUUGUAUUAUCUUGUAUGCCGAGUGUAGAUUUCACUUAAAUUAUUUGUACAUAAAGUUGUGUUUUUGAAAUAAACAUUUUACAAUUAA